AUGGGAGAGGCAGGGGAAGGCUUGUUGGUGAUUAGAGAGUUGGACUUGAACAAGGACACGAGAAGUGUGGAAGAGUUAGAGAGGAAGUGUGAAGUUGGUGGUUCUUCAUCUGGCAAAAUGUCUCUCUUUACUGAUCUUUUGGGUGACCCAAUUUGCAGGAUUCGAAACUCACCCUCCUUCCUCAUGCUGGUGGCUGAAAUGGGUCCUGACAAAGAAAUCGUUGGGAUCAUUAGGGGCUGCAUCAAAAUCGUUACUUGUGGCAAAAAGCUCAUAAGAAGUAACAAUGGAAUUGCAAACUCUAGCAAUGAAGAUUCUGAUCCCAAACUCGAACCCAUUUGCACCAAACUCGCUUAUAUUCUCGGCUUACGAGUUUCUCAUUCACACAGGCGAAGAGGUAUUGGGUUGAAGCUUGUUAAUCAGAUGGAGGAAUGGUUUACAAGAAAUGGAGCAGAGUAUUCAUACAUGGCAACUGAAAAACUAUCAUUUAAUGACAACAUGCCUUCCCUCAACCUCUUCACUAAAAAAUGCCACUACACUAAGUUUCGUACCCCUUCAAUUUUGGUCCAACCAGUAUUUGCUCACCGAGUCAAAACUCACAACCGAGUCACCAUCAUCAAACUCAGCCCUCCAGAAGCCGAGGCUCUCUACCGCUCCCGAUUUUGCACCACCGAGUUUUUCCCGCAGGACAUUGAUAGGGUUGUGAAAAACAAGCUCAAUCUCGGCACCUUUUUGGCAGUCCCAACCGGGUUUUCGUGGCCUGGUUUGGCCGAGUUUCUGUUUGAACCGCCUGAGUCAUGGGCAGUUUUAAGUGCAUGGAAUUGUAAGGAGGUUUUCACUUUGGAAAUCAAAGGCGCGUCGCUUGCACGGCGUUUUGCGGCGAAGGCCACGCGCGUGGUGGACAGGGCAAUACCUUGGCUGAGGAUCCCUUCGGUACCUGAGGUUUUUAGGCCUUUUGGGUUGGUUUUUCUCUAUGGUUUGGGAGGACAGGGCCCACGCGCGGGAAAGAUGGUGGAAGCGCUUUGUGGCCACGCGCAUAACAUGGCUAGGGAAUUGGGUUGUGGGGUGGUGGCGACUGAGGUGGCAAGUCAAGAACCGUUGAGGUUAGCAAUACCACACUGGAAGACACUAUCAUGCGCCGAGGAUAUGUGGUGCAUCAAGAGACUGGUGCAGGAUUAUAGUGAUGGGCCUAUUGGAGACUGGACCAAAUCUCCUCCUGGGCUUUCAAUUUUUGUUGAUCCAAGAGAGUUUUAG